CAAAACACGGAAGUCAACAUGGCGGCGCCCUGUACGGGCGUGUUUUUCAUUCGUCCCCUGCCAAACACGAGCAUAGUUUAGUGGCACAUGUCAGGCGAGCGAUCGGAAGCAUUGAAAGCGGAUCAUGGAGAGCCGAGAAUUCAUCGCGUCCCUCGUGGCUGGAGGGUGUGCCGGCAUGUGUGUGGACCUCACCCUUUUCCCACUGGACACCAUUAAGACCAGACUGCAGAGCCAGCAAGGCUUCUACAGAGCCGGGGGCUUCAGGGGCAUCUAUGCAGGGGUCCCAUCUGCUGCUCUCGGCUCAUUUCCGAGUGCCGCUGCCUUUUUUGUCACCUACGAGUACACAAAGUCCUUCCUUGGUUCCGGCGGAAUGCUAAAAGACCCAUCGGUGGCUUCAGUCACUCACAUGCUGGCGGCCUCCCUGGGUGAGACGGUGGCGUGUCUGAUCCGAGUGCCCGCAGAGGUGGUUAAGCAAAGGACGCAAGUGUCGACGUCAUUCAGCACAUACCACAUGCUUGUGGUCAUACUCAAGGAAGAGGGUGUCCGAGGCUUGUACAGAGGCUUUAGCAGUACAGUCCUCAGAGAGAUUCCGUUUUCUCUGGUGCAGUUUCCACUUUGGGAAUAUUUAAAGACUCAGUGGUCACAGCGACGAGGUCACACGCUCCACUCUUGGCAAGCUGCGCUGUGCGGAGCUUUUGCAGGUGCGGUGGCAGCGAUUGUUACCAAUCCUCUUGACGUGGCAAAGACGAGGAUUAUGCUCGCCAAGGCCGGCUCAACCACGGCGAGCGGCAACAUCCCACUGGUGCUUUGUGAUGUGUGGAAGCGGCAAGGGCUUACCGGGCUGUUUGCAGGCAGCAUACCGAGGAUGACCUUCAUCAGCAUGGGCGGCUUUAUUUUCCUGGGAGCCUACGAGAAAACUCGCCGGACUUUGCUGUCGUAAGCGUCUGUGAACGUCACGUAGCUGACGGCUCAUUCCAAAGAACUGCUGUCAGCAAAAAAUCGUGCGUUACGCACAAUCGGUGGUUACUUACUGUUACAUCCUGAAGGCCUUGCUUUAAUACACGGGUAGCCAACUCUCG